AUGUCACGAAAUGAACGCGGCGUCUACUUCUUUCCCGAUGGCAAGAAGCAAUUUGUGCCGCUCGAAAACAGCCCGGUAGUCUUCACGGAGCUGGUCCACAAACUCGGAGUCUCAUCAAAGCUCGAAUUCUACGACAUCUACAGCAUCGAUGAGCCAGAUCUGCUCGCCCUCGUCCCAAGACCAGUCCACGCCAUCAUCUUCAUAGCACCCGCUGACGUCUACCGCCGCCUUCGUGCUCAGGACACAGCAGCCGGACUCGGCACCAAGAAGCUCACUUACGAUGGCGCAGGCGACCAGGAGCCAGCGAUCUGGUUCAAGCAGACGAUCGGCCACGCAUGCGGUCUCAUCGCGCUCCUUCACAGCGUUUGUAACGGCUCCGCGAAGCAGUUUAUCGCGCAAGAUUCCAUCCUCGAUGAGAUCCUGAAGGAGGCGACACCACUCAAACCACUACCUCGUGCCGAUGUGCUCUACAAUUCUGACGCUCUUGAGGAGGCACAUAUGUCUGUUGCGUUCAAGGGUGACUCGAAGGCUCCUCUCGCAGCUGAGCCAAAUGGCUAUCACUUCAUCAGCUUUGUCAAAGGUAAGGAUGGGCAUCUCUAUGAGCUAGAGGGUGGUUGGAAUGGUCCGAUUGACCGCGCUGUGCUGAAUGAGGCCGACGACGUGCUCAGUGAAAAGGCACUGGAUGCUGGGAUCCGGAAGUACGUGAAAGCUGCCGAGGGCAAUAUGGAAUUCAGCAUGAUUGCCCUCGCCACCAAUCCCGAGAGUGCGGUGUGA